UUCUUUCUUCUUCCGUAAUGAGAUACGUUCAUCCGCUUCAGUUAAAAUUUAUUCAUUUGAAUGAUAAUACUAAAAGCAAAUUUGUGGUGGAAACCAAAAACUUCCAUUGGACAGUUAUAGCAUGUAGCACCGGGUUUCUUAGACGUUUUUAUUCACCUAUGACACUAAGGGUAGACCUCCCGAGACCAAAGUCACUGGUUACCGCCUAUUUCAAAUUCCUUGCGGCCAACGCGCUUCGAACGUCGCGAAUACUUUAGACUCUCCUUUGAUUCCUUCUGAGCAUUGUAGACCAUUGAUGCGCUAAUUGAGCCGUUUACAGUACUUGAACCAUCGCAGAAUCCUUGCAAUAAACUCUCAUUUAAGACAACCGGAUGUUUCUAAGUCGCUCAGUUAGGUACUUAGACCGACUUUUUUGGAAUCCACGAACACGUAAUCGGUUAUCUAAUUAAUCAGAUCAUGCCAGCGGGGUCGGGCAUCUUUCACUGGCUGACAAUGUUAAUUGCCUAAUAUCGCAUAUCACGGACACCAUAAUGCUCUAAUACUCGACGUACUCUGAAUAAGGAAAACAUUAAAAGCCGGUUAAUUUGUGCGUGGGUAUAAAACCACCAGACAAACUCGCCUUGUUAGCAUUUUAGUGAAAACAACUCGUGAACAACAGCCAGGAGCUGAACUUGGAAAACUGUGACCUUUCUUCGCCAGACCUACUUUAGUUGUCAGCAAACUACUAAGUUACAGUUGUAAUAACUGCAAACCCUAUUUCUCCGAUUGUUCUCGUAGUCCAAAGAAAUACUGCCCGUCGAUAUAAAGAUGGGAGACUUAAACCAAACGUUCCCGAACAACAGCGGUGGUUCAUCAUGCAGCAUGAAGGCUUCACAAGCAGAUCGCGAUGGUAAGAUCGCUGGCUACUCUCUCAUUCUCAUAAUCUCUCUCUUGGGUAACAUCCUCGUCAUUUUGGUCGUCUACAAGAACAGAAACAUGAGAAAGACAAUCAAUUUCUUUAUAGUCAACAUGGCAGCAUCUGAUUUGAUCAUACCUUUAGUGGUAAUGCCUAUGCAGAUAUCUCGUACAGUUUACGGGCACUGGAUAGUGGAUGCUCCCGCAAGAGAAGUUCUAUGUAAGAUUACGUUUUUCUUGAGCGAACUCCCAGGGCUCGUAUCUGUACUAAGCCUGAUUUGUAUGGCCAUCGAUAGGUUUGUCGGAGUCGUCUUCCCACUACGCGCAGGAUUGAUUUCAUCCAAAGUACGAAUCGCCAUGAUAGUCGCAACCUGGGUCAUUUCUUUGGGCUUUUCUAUCACAUCGUUUUACACGAUGCGUGUAGUCAUUGGCCGUAAUGGAAAGCCUCAUUGUAUAAUGCGAUGGCAUGAUGAUAUAGAGAAACACAUGGUUGCUCUCAAGACUUACUCUACCAUUCUGUCCGUAGUCUUUUUUGUUACACCUCUAAUCCUGCUCGUUCUUUUCUACUCCGUUAUUCUCAUCACUCUUGGUAAAAGGAAGUUCCCCCGUGUGAACCAGUCGCAAGAGGCGAAGAAAAGAAACCGUCGAGUGUCUCGCAGCGCCACAGUCAUCGCAUUUACGAUCGUAAUGGUCUUCUGGAUUUGCUGGUGCCCGUAUAACACUAUUAUGUUUCUGUGGGCAUUCAAAUGGGAUUGGAAUUUCCCGACGUUUUGCAGCUUUAGGACCAUAUUCGUCAUCUGUCAGUUCUUAACCUGGGCCAACGCUGCUGUCAACCCAUGCAUUUACUUUGUCUUGAUCGAUAACUACAGGAAAGGGCUGCGAACUGUCUUUCCAAGGACACUCUCGGCAUCGCUCAACAGCAGUUUGAAAAUGGCUGGACGUAGUGCAGCAAGACACGACACCCAGCAGGUUAAUGAUGAAGGUGACUGCCUGGAAUUAGUUGACCAGUAAAAGCAUACUGUUCUUCGUCGAAUGCGUAGAGAAAAAAGCGCUAACUUGUCUAACUUUUUCAACAUCCCAUCGGAAAAAAAUAUCACUAGGUCAGUUUUUUCUCCUGGAUUUGUCAUGUGUUACAUAUAGAUCCACUACUCGUUUUAAAAAAGGCAAAGAACAACCAAGCAAGGAACACGGUCCUUCCAGAACAAUCAACAUCAAAGAGCAAAAUUACAUAGUAAAAGAUGUCACUUGGCAAAACACUCGAUCUUAUAUAUUAAUCAAUAGUGAAAAUAGCUCCUAAUAAUCCUAAAACCAGUAAACUAGUAUUAACUAUGUCAUGGUUACGAUUGUACAUAGACAGUUUUUAAGGGAAAACGUUUUAUGGCCGUUACUAAAACCUAGUUUAAUCGGUUGUAGAGUUAGGGUUCCAGAACUAAAAUAUCUAAGACUGAGCAAUCCAAAAGGAAGCCCGAGGGAUUUAUGCUUAGUGAGAUACAAAAUCAGUUUUAGCAGUCUAGCGAAAGGUUUUUCAAUUUUGUUUGAUUUUAAUCAGUGAUGUUUGAUAACCAUGGGGGAAAAAGGUUUCAAGUAGAAUGUGUAUGCAUAAGAAAUACGUUGAAACUUGGAUUUUCAAUACUAUUGUCAGUCAAAAUA